CUCUGGUUGACCAAUUUCCGGAGACUGGAAUCCGAUUGUCGAUAGAGGCUAAAUGAUUUGCUUCUGAAUCUAUUCUUUGUUGUAUUAUUAUAUCGACCAAACCGGCGAAGCCAAGUUUUGAUUGCCUUGGCCUUUGAUAUUUUAUUUCAGAGGUUUUUUCUGCCCAUGUUACUUUUCUAGUGCUAACAUGGGUGAUCACGAAAACCAACUCGUUAUUUUGUCUCGCUUGGAGAAAAUAAAAGAAAUUCGACAAAAAACGGUGUCAUUAGAAAAACUGAGAUCAAGGCUGCGCCAUGAAAUUGAAGUCACUGAAGCUGAAGAGAAAUGUUUAGAAGAUUACAAACGAGAAAUGGAACUUCUUCUGCAAGAGAAAAUGGCCCAUGUGGAAGAAUUAAGGUUGAUUCAUGCUGACAUUAAUUUGAUGGAAACGACAAUCAAACAAGCUGAAGAGGAGAAAGUAAAGGCUUAUGAAAAUGCAAAAAGACUGUAUGAUGAAUGCCGUCCAUUGAAAGAAGAAGUUGAUCUCUUGCGUAUGAGGGCUGGUCUGGAAGUUCAACAUGAGAUGCCAGAAGAAACAGAAAAAAUGAGACCGGAGUUCUUUGAGAAACCAAGCGUCCCGGAAUGGAACAGCGAACCUCCAGAGCCUCCUAUCCCCCAGACGUUGGCUGUGGCCGCAGCUGCUGCACAUCAGCUCCAGGUGCCUCGAAAUAAGAACGAGCGCCAAGCUUUCCGUCAACAACCGCCACCCAUGAAGGCUUGCCUGUCCUGUCAUCAACAAAUCCAUCGCAACGCUCCCAUCUGUCCUCUCUGCAAGGCCAAAAGUCGAUCAAGAAACCCUAAGAGGCCCAAACGUAAAGCGGAUGACUAAGUCUCAUUCCAUUGAUUCCAUCCAUCGGCAUUCCAGAUAUCCAGGGUUUUCCACCAUUUGUAUAAUUUUCUCAUAAACUGUUCAUCGUCAGUUCAUUACACAUUCACCCAUCUUUUAUAUGUCCAUGUGGCUUCCAAACCAUAACGAUUUUAGGGCAUUGGGUGAACUUUCUUUUCUUUUUAAACAAUGAUUCAAGAUAGCUAAAUGAAUGGAGCAUUUUACAUGAUGUGAACAUAAUGGAAUCUUACAGGAAAAGAAUCCUUCUGGUACAUCGCAAUAACAGGUGCACAUAAUUUAUAAGAGUCAUGUCCAACCCCGA